UUUUAUAAUUUCCAUGGUGUGAUUUUGUGUAUUCAAGAAUAACAACGACGACAAAGUAGAAUCAAUUAUUAAAUAGUUGGCUCCUUAAAACCACUUGUCAACAGAGACUUGGGGACACUGGCAAUGUUUUACUUCCGUCGUGUCACUGUACCACUCCACAAUCACACCCAUUUCUCUGGCAGCUUUCCGAGCUCUGCAGAGUACCGACGCCAGGGGAAGAUGUGCAAUGGAAUGACAGAGUCAAUAUCAAACGCCUUUUGGGUCCACACCUCAGACACUAAACAGCCCCUCUUGUUGCUGCUGGUACUGAGUGUAGUGUCCACUGGACAAGGGUCAGGAUGUGUGAGGCCAUAUAUGGUCCAGAACAGCUGGGUAAACCUUACAGAAACCAACAGGGGCUCGUUCCCUGUGGGCACAGUACUGCAGUACAGCUGUGACCCUGGUUACCUGCCAGACGGACCCAGCAUCCUUACCUGCACCACACUGGGACGCUGGUCCUCUGAACCUCCUCAUUGCAUACGCAGUGGUGCAUGUCUACCCCUCUCCAAACCUGAGAAUGGGGGCUACACCUGCCACCCAUCCCCCUGUCGAAUGUUUGCUCAUGGCACUGUGAUUGAGUUCUUCUGUGAUGACGGCUUUACUCUCAGCGGAGACUAUAACUACCUGACCUGUCAGGAUGGUCAGUGGGAUGGCCCCAUGCAGAUCAAUUGUGUUAGCCAAGGUUGCAUAAGGCCCUCUACAGUGCAACAUGGCUCAACCAAUCUGACCGACACCAACAAGAGCUUGUUUCCUGUUGGCACAGUACUGCAAUACAACUGCGACCCAGGUUACUUGCCUAUCGGACGUAGCAUCCUCACCUGUACCUCACUUGGAUACUGGUCCUCUGAACCUCCUCGUUGUAUACACAGUGACGGUUGUGUUAGACCCUCUACAGUGCAGCAUGGCUCAACUAAUCUGACAGAAACCAACAGAAGCUCAUUCCCUGUAGGCACAAUACUGGAGUACCGCUGUGACCCCGGUUACCUGGCAGAUGGACCAAACAUCCUCACCUGCUCUGCACUUGGACACUGGUCCUCUCAACCCCCCCGCUGUUUACGCAGUGAUGUAUGCCAGCCUCCAUAUCAGCCAGAGAACGGGGGCUACACCUGCCACCCCUCAACAUGUGGCAGACUUACUCAUGGCACUGUUAUUGAAUAUUUCUGUGAGGAAGGCUAUAUUCUGAAGGGGGACUAUAAAUACCUUACCUGUCAGUAUGGUGAAUGGGACAGCCAAGUGAAGCUCAGCUGCCUCAUGGAGCAAGACAGUGAUCCAACUUUACCAUUAGGGAUGCCUGCCUUGUCCAUCGUGGCAUCAACAGCAAGCUCAGUGGCCCUAAUCCUGCUCCUGGUGGUGCUGUUUGUACUUUUGCAGCCAAAACUCAAGUCUCUCCAUCGACGUGAUCAGGGAGUGUCCGGCCAGCCUGUGUCGAUCGUGGUUGAAGGUGUCCAGGUGACUCUGCCCUCGUAUGAGGAGGCUGUGUGCGGCAGUGGAGCCUCAGCCUCAGCUGAGUCCCGCGUCCAGAUAGUGCUGUCUGAGGGUCACCAUGCCGCAGUGCCAGAGGCUGGCCCCUCUAGGCCUUCUUCCCUCAAACAGCAGCAGUCAGAGAUGGCUGUGGUCCACCCCGUACCUCCAUCCUCAUCCUCCUCAUCACCCUCACCCUCAUCCUCUACCUGGGUUCUGGAGCACGCAGGUGCUGCAGCUCCUUCAACCUCACAAAGAAGGCCGUCUGCAGGCAGCGACCAAAACAGCAUUUCUCUGGACUCUGAGAUGGACUACUCUGAUGACAUGCCAUUGCUGAAGGAGGCCUGAAAAGUGCAUCAGCCUUUGGACUUCCCUGAGGCAACCGGCGUUGCCACUGACCUGCACUGGUGAGCGGGAUGCCUCUGGAGAUUUUGUCAACACAGCUGUAAACACAAACAAGCCCGACUAAGGAGGCUCCGAGUGAAGCUGUGGGCCACAAUAGUUCAUCUUACCAUCCCAAAGGAGAACAGAGAAGGGAUGCACAUGUACAUACAUGCUUACAUUUUUUAUAGGAAUUCCUACACUAUGUAUGUACGUUUAAUGUCAGAAGCCCAAUUUGAAGAUGUAAAACAAAAACAGAGAGGAACAGACACCUCUGUCUGAGUGUCCUAAAGGUUGUUAAAAAAAGGAAGACUGAUGUAUUAAUAUUGAGUGGGCAGAUCUCAAUUUGAGAGCUUAUAAUUUCAUCAGUGUCUCAAUUACUGUUGAUUUUCUUUAAACAUAUCACUGCAUUCAAGACGCACACUGGCAAAGACGCAUGAGGGCCAGGUCAUCUAGAUUGUUGUCUCAGUCAUGCUCACAUGAAACAUUGUCUUCAAAGAUUAUAAAUCAUUAUUUAAGGUGUUAUUAAUCAUGACUCAUGUCAUUCCAUGUGUCACUGUACAGUUUAAGGCUGCUCGUCCACCCAAGUGUUCACUCUGUAGCGUUUUUCAUUGGACUGAGCAAACUUGUUGAUUCAGGCCUGCAUUCAACACGUUUCAUCUUUGCAAAAUAUAUUCUGUUCACACCCCUGUCCCCAAUGGCCUUAGCUUUCCACUUCUAUGCACAGGUAUCUAUGUAAAAUAAGGAAUUUUAAAAAUGAAUGUCAGUUAAAUGCCUCCGCUGCUUGGUGAUAUUACGUAUGGCUUUGUCAGACACAUCACUUGUACACCGGAAAAUAUUAUUCUCUUAAUUUAUGCAGACUGCUGAGAAAGUUCCUGUCUUGGCAGGAAACUAAGUUGUGUAUUUAAUUUAUUUGUGUCCAGAACGCUGUUGAUCAGCCAUGGCUUCUUUUGAUUGAUUCUUCCACAGCUUUUUGAAACUGAAAAAAAAAAAAAAAAAGAAAAGUAGGCCUUUU